CCGUUUACACGUUUUGUAGCAUCUAUAAUUUAUUUUAUUUUAUUUUAUUUUUUGUCAUUAUGAAUUCAAAUAAAAGAAAUAAAAGUGUGUUGUGCCCGAUAAUUCCAUUUCAUAGAAAAAAAAAUACCAGGAGACAAGUUGAACAAGCUAGUAAACUAAAAGAAAAAUUUAACCAGCUAUUUAUCUGGCAUAUCGUCAACCAACAACCACAGUCAAACAUAUCGCACUCACGUGAGCUUACAAGGUAUAACCUUAUCACAAUUUUCUCAAAUUCUAUACAGUCAUCAAUACCCAUCAAUACCACAAUGACAAACCGCUCCUUUGAUGUAAAAUAAUGAUCAAUU